AUGAAACGCGCUCGUUUCCUUGACUCCGAGGAUCCACAAGGGUCGGAUGAGAGCCGCCAACACCAGCCCAAGAUCUCACGAAGGAUACGUGCCUGCCAACGGUGUCAGAGCCGCAAGGUCAAGUGCGACAUUGAGCCUUCUCAGUCUAAAUGUGUAAGAUGCCUGCGUAUCGGGGCGGAAUGUAUAUUCAACAAAAAUCUUCAAGCAGUGUUGGAAGACAGGAGUGACUGGCGAGAGGGAGUCGAGUCCCAGCUUCAGCUGCUACAGACAUCUCUAGCAGAUGUCCAAAGCCAACUAGCUUCACUGCGGGCAUCGCAAGGCCUGGAGUUACCGGUGGCUCGCAGCACGCCUAAUACAAGCCCCAACCAGAGCCUUCCUACUCCCAAUGUUACCGCAAUGACCCGGGAGAACUCGCCCGACAACAUGAAUGAUGGCGAAAGCGAUGCCGAGGCCAGAGAUGAUCAGGUGAUUGUCGGCGCCCCCAUGGCUAGUCUCUUCAAAGUCACUAGGCUGAGAAACAUACGAAGUGAUCCCGGCUCUCACCGGCAUGGGCCAGUGACAUCCGACCGGGGCCAGCCCAUGGAUUUUAUCGACGAGGACCGAGCUUGUCUAGCUGAUGCCGAGAAGCUUUUCACAACAUUCAAGGGGACACUCAACGCAUAUUUGUGGGGAGGAGUAGUAUUAGCCCAUGAUACUCUGGCCUCUGCCCGCCAGUCGUCGCCACUAUUAGUGGCGGCGAUCCUCGCCGUGACCGCCCUUCACACGCAAGACGAGGGUCAGAGUUUUGACCGUUACUACCCGAUACUAUUGGAGAUUGCUGGGCAAAGCCUUUUUCAAAGAUACCACAACCUCGAUGACAUCAGAGGCUUGUGCAUUGGUGCCUUUUGGCUUUCCGAUGUCAGUUGGAAAUUAUCAGGUCUUGCUGUGCGCAUUGCCACUGAGCUGAAUAUCCAUCAGUCGUGCGCAAAGGCACUGAGAGGCGAUGCAACCCACUUUGAGAAGGCGAGGCUCUGGUACGUCUUGUAUGUGUGUGAUCAUCACUUCAGCAUCGCCUACGGGCGACCUCCCGUGAUCAACGAAGACAUGACCAUCACAAAUCAUCAAGCGUUUCUAGACCUGCCAGGGGCUACCAAAUCCGACAUUCGACUUCACAGCCAGGUGGGAAUAUUUAUGAUCCUUAGCCGUGUCGACUGUAGCUUUGGCCCUGAUAGAUCCAGACUUGUGGCGAACGACGAGUUUGAGUCUAUCCGGCGCUACGGUGCGGACAUCGACCAGUGGAGGCGAAAAUGGGAACAAAGGCUAGACCCCAACCCAGACAUUGGAGAUUAUCCAGCUAAAGGAGUCACACUCCAUUAUCACUUCGCUCGGCUGCAACUAUUCGGUAGUGCUUCCUCAGCCUUGCACCUGAUCUUGGAGGACCCAGACAUCCGCAAAGCCGUAGUUGGUGUUCCACUAUACUUGCUAACUACCAUCUCCCAUGCGUCCAUCUUCUUAAUGAAGGUCCAUUCCAAGUGGAGAUCGGCCAAUUUCCAGGUUGGCUUCCAUGAAAUUGUGCAUCUUAUCGAGGCAACAGUGGUGCUGCUCGAUGACACCAGGGGUUGCUCCAGGCAUGUCAACCAGUAUAUUGCCAAUGGGCUCCGCAGCAUGCUGGAGAAGUUCCGGAGAUGGGAGACAUCGAACGAGCUACAGAUGCAUGCUCCAGCCAACGACAGCAAUAUGCUUCUGGGUUGGAAUGAAUCCCGGCAAGGAUGGGGUACAGAGACGGAUUGGGGAUUCAGCGGCGCCGGGCUAUCAGACCAGUUCGGGUUUGGCUCUGACUACUACCACAUGGAUCUCUUGGGAAUUCUUGGAUCCCAAAUGCCCGAGUCAUGA